GUCACGUGGAUGUACCAGGAAGAGCUGGACAAUGCCUGGAACAAUGAGAGCUCUUCCCGUCCUGUGGUUCUUCGUAUGAAAUAUAACUGUUAGCUGUGUUGAGUCUGUUAAUCCUCAACUAUGUCGCUUAUAUGUUAUCAAAUCAGCUGUCUUAGUCAAAACCAGAUAUAAUUAUUUUUACAAUCGUGGCCCCAAAAUGGCCAGUUUCAGCGUCGCCUUCUAGCGUGAUGAGUAUUAAUUGACCAGGGUGGUGGCACGCUAACGACAGCUGGACAGCUAUCAAACUUUUUGGUCUCAAGUGCGUUUUUCAACAGAAUGCCAUGGGAAACUGCUGGAGUCAGUGCUAUGGGAUGUUCAGGAGGGAAGCUAACAGGAUCCAGCGUGGAGGGGGGUCCAAGUAUUUCAGAAGCACCACCACUGGAGAGCAUUACACUAUAGAGUUUGAAAACUUGGUGGAGAGCGAUGAGGGGGAGACUCCUGGGAGCAGUCCAAGGCCAGUCAGCGAAGAGGAGAUCAACCACCUGAGGGAACAGCGCUACGCAGCCAUUAGCGCCAAACAGGCGCUCAUCGACCAGAACCUGCAAGCCGAGCUGGAGGCGCGAGAGGAGGCGCUGCGGCGGGAAGAGGAGGCGGAGUACGCCGCCCAGCGGGAGGCGGCCAGGGCCGCGCGGGAGCGAAUGCACGCAGAGAAGCAGGCAGUGGAGGCCAAGGCAGAAGAUGGACGUGGAAGUGGACACCAGAAGACGUUGGCCGCGGGAGAGGACUUUGAGACCCACGCGUCCAACGCGAAGACCCAGGCGGGGGGGGCGUCCCGGAGCAGCCGGGUUUCCUCGGAGACCAACGUGGCCACUCCCAACACUGAGAGCAGCUAUGAUGUCACCAGCAAGACUCGCUCCACCAAUGAGGAUGGGACCUCGCUUGACCUAGAGUGGGAGGAUGAAGAAGGCAUGUCGGUGGCGGUGCUGGUUCCCGAGCGGUCGCGGACGGAGGAGGACAUCCUGAAGGCGGCGGCCGGGAGGCGGGGCACGAGGGGCAGCUGCCCGGCCUCGGCCUCCGAGGACUCCAAUGCCCUGGAGUGGGAGAACGACUUCGUCAGCGCCCACGGCGACGACUUCGAGUGCGACGGCUUCGUCAACCCCCUCGCGGACACGCCCUCCGAGGUCACCACGGAAACCUCCAUCUCCGACAAGCAGGACAGAUAGUGCCGGAGGGUGGUGGGGGGGGGGUUAAUCCAAAAUACAGACCCGAACGUUUGUCUUGUGUUAUUAGACAAAACUUUUACCAACCUGCUAAUCAGAAGCUAAACAUUAUGAGUAAUUUUUAUGAACUGAGGGCUGUUUUGACUGCUAAUUCUAGCCAGUCACUCCGCUCUCUGUGCUGUAUUUGGUACUGAUUUGUUGGUGGGCGAAUUAUACAUUUAAUUCAAUCCACACACUAAUAAUAUUAACAGCUGUGUUUGAAUGUAAUGGGCAAAUAAUGCUGAUCCCCAAAAAAUCUGACGUGUGGAAGAUGUCUCUUUCGAUUGGCCGGUGGGUCAAAGUUUCAGUUCUGUCCGAUUCUUAGACUCGGAAGACUCCUGAUGGACACAGUUUUCAUGUUUUUUACAUUCUUGCUGGAUUUGGCCUUAGUUUGGGCCAGUAGGGUCCUCUUUAUUCUGCCUUUGCUGUCUAUAAACAGAACAUAAUUUUCUGUGUAGACAGGAUAAGUGCAAUUGACAAAGUGCUCUGAUCAGCUAUGUGUGUGUGUGUUUGUUUGUUUGUGUGUAGGGGUGAUGCGAGCCUUCCUGGGAUAGGCUAACACACAGUGUACAGAAUUACAACUCUCUUCUGUCUCAUAGUUUUGAUUCUUCAUACUUUAGUUAAUUCAGGGAAACGUACAGUACAUCUGUUUGACUGAUAUUGACUGAUAUAUUUGCCAUUGUCGCGGUUCCCUCUAGUUUGCUAUCAUGGAUUACGUUCACUGUAAAUACUUGCACGGUGUUAAAGUAGGAGUUAGGCUGAGUGGCUGCAUUUUGCUUU